AUGUUCCAGCUGCCACUCGCGCAGAUCCUCUCCUUGUUCUCUCUCCUCAUGCCUCUGCCUCCUCGACGCUCUCAAUCGCGCACAACCCCCACCCGUGAAUACCCCACGCCGGUCGCGCGGCCCUUCCGCUUCUCUUCUGCCCAGCACGACAUGAGCUCGGAUCGCAGAGAUAGCAAGCUCUCUGAGCUUCUCUCUCACAAGCGCACCUCGUCGCUGCCACCUAAGAAGGACAACGGUGCUACCCGCGACCCGUUCACAGCGCAUCCCUCGGGCUCUGCGUCGUUCGUCACCUAUGAAGCCUCCGCCACCCCUGCUGCUUCAUCCUCCAUGUCUCCCGCCUCUCCGUCCAACCCACAGCAGAGCCCCCUAGCCGGCCCGCCAAAACGUGCGCGUGGGAGUAUGCUCCUCUCCUCGGGUAUCUCGCUCCCGUUUUCACGCCAGCGCAACAAGACCAAGAAAAUACGGCCGCCGCCACCGGCUACUCAAUUCAUGUUCUCGGAGGUGAUAGAGAUCUCUGCGCCUCCACCGCUGCCCCCAGAGGAGGAUGAGGACCGCGACCGCUUACGUGACGCGGCCGCACAGUCUAUAGGAUUCGACCCAGUCCUCCUGGAGGAUCGCGAGAGCGUCGAGAUCACGCUCCCGGUCCAGGUCGCGUUCCCCUUCGCCAACGCGUAUGCGGUCAGCGCGUCCGGCAGGCUCCCGCGCCGAGACACCUGCCGUGCGUACUCUACCGCCGUUCUCUACGAAUCGGGCGGCGCUCGCCCCAUGGAUCCAGCGUACUUCGCGAGUCUUCAGGCACUAUCCACCAACAUCGCUCUUGCUCUACGCUCUUUCGAAGCAGCGGAAGAGCCGCACUCUCGUCCUUACUUCCUCGCCAUGUCCGCCAUCUGGUCCGCCGACACAUACGACGUCAUUCUCCUCGCAGUCACAAUCCCCUUAUUCGACGCUUUCUUCGUCGUCACAGCCGCAACAUAUAGCGUGGUCUUCGUGGCUGACGAAGAGAUCGGUAGCCGGCGCGGUGUUGUGAAAGUGGGUGGAGUGGGAGGUGCAGAGAUAGCUCUGUCUAUGGCCGACCAAUCGGAGUGGAUUGACGCUAUCAAGCAAGCAGUGCUCAGCGAGAGAUCCGUACGUGCCGGCUUGGGUGCGCUGACCCACAGCAAUGGCUUAGAGCCUCGAGGAGAUCUGGACGUCAUGCUUUCGAUACGUGCGCAGGGCAUCUUCACCCCUCCCCCUCUUGCAACUCCUGUGACUUCAAUGUCGUCGGCUACAUUUCAUAACAUGACAGCUGGGGGGACCACGUCGUCACCUGUUCCUUUGUUGCAUUACAUAUCUCCCCAGCUCUCGUGCCCGCCCUUUGUUGCAGUCUCCGCGCUACGUGGCCUUUUCGGAGCAAACCGCCCUCGUUCGCCUUCCGCAGCGACCUUAGACACGAGCAUGAAUAGUGUCUGGACGGACAAGCUUGUUGAGCAUGCUCCGGUCAAGCAGCGUCUCUGGCGAGCGACCUCUUCACCGACUACCCCUCUCUCACUGACUACCCCUCUCUCACUGACUACUCCUAUCUCGUCCGUUUCAACCACAUCGCAAGUCGAGACCACCUCGCCAGUCGACCUUCCAAUACAGAUGAGCCUGAUCUCCCCUCCAGGGCCUGUACCUUCGCUCGACCAGAAGAUCUUGCAAGACCACGAUCGUGGCAGCCUGUUGCCGUCUAUCGGUCGAGACAGGAAUAUUGGCCUCGGGCUCACAGGCUUGAAUGGUGGGAGCCUCGACGCGCAUGUUGUGCGGUUUCACAGUGGCAGCAUUGGGGGCCAAGUCGCUUUUCGUCGGCCACCUCGACUACCGCUACAUCGAUACCCCCGGUACUCCCAAUCACUCCCCACCGUGCUCAUCCUCAACAAGGCUGACGUUGCACGUUUGGACGACCUCGCCCCCGAGCGUUGUGCAAUGGUGAGCGAGAUCAUCAACGCACAGGGUGUCAAAGACGCAUGUCUCUACAUCGCCCCCGCGGUGCGUCAUGUCCUAGGCUACGAUCCUGACGAGCUCGUCGGACACUCUCUUGCAAAGUUCUGUCACCCGGCGGAUUGUGUCUAUCUCAUGCCCGAGCUCAAGGAAGCGUCUGCUACCCCUGGACCCUCGUUGCUCAUUACCGGCCUCCCUUCAGCUCCCACAAGCACAUUGUCGGCGGCGGAUCCCAGCAGCCCCGAUACCUCGCCAAAUACCGAGGCUGUGUCUGGGUCCAAUGUUGAGGACACCUCCGCAUCAAGCCCAGUAUGGGUUGCAAGGUCAUCAUCCUCAGUGGGCGGCUCAGGAACAUGCCCUGCCUCGAGUGGGGGCCGAUCUCACACGCAGGAGGACUAUGUAGUCGCGCCCGCUCCUCCCGCCGCGUCCAGUCCCCUCAUGGGCACGCCCAAUGAAGAGUCAGAGGAUCGGCCGCCCGAGCGCAAAUUCUGGAGUCUGCUGAGCUCCAACGCUGUGUUCUCAGAGCGCUCCCUCUGGAUAAGCCAAACAGUCCGCAACGGAGAUGAGCCUUCCACAGCCGCCGAUCAGCGUCUUCGACGACUCGACGACAACGAGACCGACCUCGACCACUCAAGCAGUUGGCAAUAUGAGCUCCAGCAGCUUAAAUUUGAGAAUCGACGGCUCGUGGAUGAGGUCGCUUCCCUCGAAACUGGCAUCUCCAAGAGGUACCGCAAGAAUCAGACCUCGAUCGCUUUCGAGCCAUCGUCCAAUCUGAGCUCAGGUGUGGCCGCCGGCGUCAGCGUCGGCGGGACAAAGGAUGAACGUCGCCUAUGCGCCCCACUCGUAUCCGUUGUUGUCGUCCAGUAUGACUCCGUCAUGACAGCGUGUGAUGCGCUUCUCGAGCACCACGUCGACAUGAAGUUGAGGGGCAACAAGGUCACCGGGAUCUUGAACCGUCUCCAUGUCGCUGAGCCUAAGCCGCGCGAUAAUGUCGUUCGUGCGCUGUUCAUCCCGGACGCCAUCAAGGACCGCAAGAAGUAUGACAAAGAUGACUCAGAGUGUUGUCGCCUCGAGCGCGACAUCGAGGCUGAGGAGGGCGGCGCAGGUGUCUACAGCAGAGAGCUACUUGCUUGA